GUGACCUCAUGGGCAUGAGCAGGCAAUAUCUCUGGAGUAAAACGCCUCUGAUUGGCCUCCCUCCUUCUCUGUGGGCUGACUUCUAGGUCAUAGCCUUUGGGGGAACGCACACUUGUUUUGUGCCUCGGUCCUCUUUGGGUCACAGAGGUAUCAUCCCAGGAAACAGACCUCCAGGAGAGAGAAGAUGCCCAGAUAUACGGUCCACGUCCGAGGGGAAUGGCUGGCUGUACCAUGUCAGGAUAGCAGCCUCACGGUGAUGUGGCUGGGCCGCGAGGCUGUCAGGAGGUACAUCAAGAACAAACCGGACAAUGGAGGGUUCGCCUCGGUGGAUGACGUGAAGUUCUACGUGCGGAGAUGCAAAGGGCUGGGUCUACUGGACCACGAUGACCUGUUAGAAGUUGCCUUGGAGGACAAUGAAUUUGUGGAAGUUGUGAUAGAAGGGGAUGUGAUGUCUCCAGAUUUCAUUCCAUCUCAGCCAGAAGGAGUUUAUCUAUACAGCAAAUACCGGGAACCUGACAAGUAUAUCGCCUUAGAUGGAGAUAGUCUGACCACUGAGGACCUGGUCAAUCUAGGAAAAGGACUCUACAAAAUCAAGCUUACUCCAGAGGCUGAGAAGAAAGUCCAAGACUCCAGAGAAGUCAUAGAAAGUAUCGUGAGGGAGAAAACUGUUGUUUAUGGAAUCACUACUGGAUUUGGAAAAUUUGCCCGGACCGUUAUCCCCAUCAGUAAGCUAAGGGAACUCCAGGUCAAUUUAGUGCGUUCCCAUUCCUCAGGUGUUGGGAAGCCACUGAUCCCAGAGAGAUGCCGGAUGCUCAUGGCUUUGAGGAUCAAUGUGUUAGCCAAAGGAUACAGUGGAAUUUCCCUGGAAACUCUCAAACAAGUGAUCGAAAUGUUUAACGCAUCCUGCCUGCCCUACAUUCCAGAGAAAGGAACUGUUGGAGCUAGCGGAGACCUGGCUCCACUUUCUCACCUUGCCCUUGGCCUUAUAGGAGAAGGGAAGAUGUGGUCUCCAAAGAGUGGCUGGGCUGAUGCCAAAUAUGUCCUGGAAGCCCACGGAUUGAAACCAGUCAUUCUGAAGCCAAAAGAGGGUCUGGCUCUCAUCAAUGGGACCCAAAUGAUCACAUCCCUGGGCUGUGAAGCAGUUGAAAGAGCAAGUGCCAUCGCAAGACAAGCUGAUAUUGUGGCUGCUUUGACACUGGAGGUGCUGAAGGGCACCACCAAAGCCUUUGAUACAGACAUCCAUGCUCUGCGUCCUCACCGGGGACAAAUCGAGGUUGCCUUCAGGUUUCGGUCCCUCUUGGAUUCUGACCACCACCCAUCAGAAAUAGCAGAAAGUCACAGAUUUUGUGAUCGAGUGCAGGAUGCCUACACAAUGCGCUGCUGUCCACAGGUCCAUGGUGUGGUGAAUGACACAAUAGCCUUUGUGAAGGACAUCAUCCUGACAGAAAUUAACAGUGCCACGGACAAUCCCAUGGUUUUUGCCAAUAGAGGAGAGACCAUUUCUGGGGGGAAUUUCCAUGGUGAAUACCCAGCAAAAGCUCUGGACUACUUGGCGAUAGCCGUCCAUGAACUGGCGUCCAUCAGUGAGCGGAGAAUUGAAAGACUGUGCAACCCAGCACUCAGUGAAUUGCCUGCAUUCCUGGUGGCUGAAGGGGGCCUGAAUUCGGGGUUCAUGAUUGCCCACUGCACAGCGGCGGCUCUGGUUUCAGAGAAUAAAGCCCUGUGCCAUCCCUCCUCUGUGGAUUCUCUCUCAACCAGUGCCGCUACAGAAGAUCACGUGUCCAUGGGAGGAUGGGCUGCGAGAAAAGCCCUCAGAGUUAUUGAACAUGUGGAGCAAGUGCUGGCCAUUGAGCUUCUCGCCGCCUGUCAGGGCAUUGAGUUUCUACGCCCCCUGAGAACAACCACUCCAUUGGAGAAGGUCUACGACCUUGUGCGCUCUGUUGUAAGGCCUUGGAUAAAAGAUCGUGUCAUGGCUCCAGAUAUUGAAGCAACUCACCGGCUGCUUGUUGAUCAAAAGGUUUGGGAAGUAGCUGUGCCUUACAUUGAAAAAUACAGAAUGGAGCAGAAUCAAGAACUCUUCCCUGAAUCCAGACCCAUCUCUCCCACAGCAUUUUCGCUGGGCUCACUACACAGCAGAGCAAAUGCCAAGCAUGAUCCCCUUGAAUCAGAAGAUCUGUAAGGGGUCCCUGGUUCUCAUAGUGGAUCAAGCAGAUUACAGAUUCAUUCUGUUCUCAUUCUCUCUCUGUCUCUGUCUCUGUCUCUGUCUCUGUCUCUGUCUCUGUCUCUGUCUCUGUCUCUGUCUCUGUCUCUCUGUCUCUCUCUGUCUCUCUGUCUGUCUGUCUGUCUGUCUGUCUGUCUGUCUGUCUGUCUGUCUCUCUCUGUCUGUCUGUCUGUCUGUCUGUCUGUCUGUCUGUCUGUCUCUCUCUCUCUCUCUCUCUCUCUCUCUCUCUCUCUCUCUCUCUCUCUCUCUCUCAUAACUUACUGCCAGGCUGACUAUGUGGUUCAGAGAAAAAUGGAAGUUAGGGAAAUUUUUAAUUAGAUUGAUUACUGUAGAUGGACAUUGUCCCUCAAGGAUUUUAGAUUUCAUUCCUUAUAAGAUACACCAUGUACUAAUGUAGAUCUCUUAGGUUCAUAGAUUUUAAAAUGGAAGGCACAUUAGAGGCCCUUGAGUCCAAACCUCUUAUUUCAUAGUUGAGGAAACUGAGGCAUGAAGAAGUUAAGAGACUUGCCCAGGGUCUCCCAACUAGUGUCUGAGGCAAAUUUUCCUGACUUCAAGUCCAGCAUUUUAGUCACUACACCACCUACCUGCCUAAAAAUCAUAAUUCCCCUACAACUUGAAAUAUGAUCCUAGAGACCAGACCAAAAAUUAAUCCUAGAAAAGAAUCAAUCUUGAGAAGGGAUUUUUUUUUCUUGUGCUGGAGAAAAAUUGGUAAAACUUGACUGGCCUUUUUACAUUGCUCAAGCUAUUAGGAUAUUUGGUAAUUUUUCAAAUUUUUCUGUUUUUUUUUCAAAUUUUUCAAAAUUUUCCCUUUGUAUCCUAUCAAUCUGAUGUGAAUUUCACAAAGAAAUUCUGGUCUCAUGAAAAAUAUUCAGUAGCUAAGUAUUAAUCUUGGGAGAGAGUUUACUACUUAAAACUUAAAUAACAACAAAAGUUAGAAAGCAAAUCUUUCUUCUAUUUGUAAUAUUAAAAUUAAUAUCCAAUAACUCCAAGUAUUAUAGUUUAUAAGAAUUCUUAGCAAAUAUAUAGUGUGUUCAAGUCCAAAAUAACUAAGUUUUAUCAAUCAAUUAACAUUUAAUAAGCACCAGCUAUAUUUCAGUCAGUGUUAGGCACUGUUGAUAGAUAAAUAAAAACAGUCCCUGCCCUCAAGAAGCUUACAUUCUACUGCAGGCAUACAAUAUAUGUAUCAAUAAAUGAGUAGAAGAAACACACAAAAUCAACAGCAUCAUCUUUCCCCCAAAAGGACAGAGAUGCCAACAGUGAAAUCAACUUAUGUGUAGAGUUUGGAAUUCUCAUUAUAGGUUUUCUGUUUACUAAUCAGCCACUGUAAUUGAGGUACCAUGGAAGACAGAAAUAAAAAAAUGGUAUAGACCCAAGAUGUGGAGGUGGAAAGAACUUCUGAGUAGGGCAUCCUUUUCUUACCACUCCCCCUUCUUAGUUCUCUCUUCUGUAUUGCCUUUGCCCAUUAGAAUGUAAGCUCCUUGAGGGCAGGGACUGUCCUCCUUUGUUUCUAUUUGUAUCCUUAAUGCCUAAGAGAGUGCCUAGUACAUAAUGAUUAAUGCUUAAUGACAUACUUAUUGACUUGACUUACAGAUGAAUAUGUUGAGGCUUGGGGAGUUUCCCAAGGUCACACAAGUACAAUCUGACUCUGGAAUUACUCCUCACUGCUUCUAGAAAUCUUUAAUAUGAGGGUGAAGGGGAAAAUAGGAAUGAGACUUAUACAUAAAGAGUACAUUGAAAGUUAGGAACAGAUUGCAUACCUAGGAGAAAUCAAACAGUGCAAGGAAUGAAGUAUCUCAUCUGACUCAGAAUAGGAAAGAUCACGGAGGAGGGAGAUCUGUCUCAACAUGUCAAUGGUCAGAGAUAACAGGGAUAGGGAGUCUAUUCUUGAAAUAAAGGACUGAUAAAAAUGUUACUUUAUGAGAAUAAAAAAAGCUAUUUAUGAAAACUCA